AUGGCGGAACCACCUAUUAAAAAUGGCCUCUUUUGCCAUUCGAACAACACAUACGCAGGAGAAAGCAGUGUUAUGAAAAUGUUCUCGCUCAAAGGGAAGACUGCAAUCGUCACCGGCGCAGGAGCCGGGAUUGGUCUAAGUGUCGCCCACGGCCUCGCAGAAGCUGGCGCGAACGUCGCAAUCUGGUACAACUCCAACAAAAAGGCAGUUGACGAAGCUGCUAAUAUUGAAAAGACUUAUGGUGUCGCCUGCCGAGCAUACCAAGUCAACAUCAAAGGACUGAAAGACGUUGAAGAGGCCGUGGAAAAAUGUGUCCGUGAGCUUAAUGGCCGUCUAGAUAUCUUCAUUGCCAACUCUGGAAUUCCUUGGACAAAGGGUGCAAUGGUCGAUGCACCCAUUGAUCACUACUCCGAUGUAGUUCAAACAGAUUUAGAUGGUGUCUUCUACUGUGCGAGAGCCGCUGCUUCUCACUGGAGACGCCAGAAGACAGAGAAGACAGAUAUCUUUGGCAAUGCCUUGAACGGAUUUACAUACGGCAGUUUUGUUGCCACUGCUUCGAUGAGUGGUCACAUCGUCAAUGUUCCUCAGUUGCAAGCCGCAUACAAUGCGGCUAAAGCUGGAGUUAUUCAUCUCUGCAAAUCACUGGCUGUGGAAUGGGUUCGAUUUGCCCGCGCUAAUACAGUUUCACCUGGCUACAUCGCAACUGAGAUCUCUACUUUUAUUCCUGACGAGACGAAGGAUAUUUGGAAGGGUAAGAUCCCAAUGGGCCGCGAAGGAUUACCGCAGGAGCUUAAGGGAGCUUUCCUGUACCUUGCAUCUGAUGCCUCUAGUUAUACAACUGGAUCAGAUCUGAUUGUUGAUGGAGGCUACACCUUGCCAUGA